AUGGACAUGAUAAGGGAAUAUUAUUCGAAUUGCUUGAGCGCCUGUACUCCUGAGAAGUACGUAAUAGAUCAGAGUGAAAUAGAAUUUUCCACCACAGGAAAAAGUAGCUUAAGACUUAAAGUCAUUGACUGGUACUACACCACUGCAGGAAGCUUUAGUUUUAAGAAGGGUAAAGGUCACAACGUUGGAGCUAGCCAAAAUGACAAACAAGCACAUUUACGAAAGUUGAGUCGAAUGAGAACACGUUAUGAACAUUUUGAUCGCAUCAGAGUUAUGGAAAGUUUCCUCGUAGCGAGCGAUAGGGAAACUGACCAAGAAGGGAAAUGGGAAGAGUUCCAUAAGAAGGGACAGCUAAAUACGUGCGAACAUACUAACACUAAUGGCAGCACUGUGAAAUUUAUAAAUGGAACAAAUGCACGCAACCAAACGGAACGCAUACAUGUAGAAAAUACCUUCGACUUUGCUUUAUUGCCAGAAAUGUGUGCACCCCUAAACGAAACGCACUUAUUUGUAAAGACCCGCAAAAAGGGUAGACGUAAAAAACGGAGUAAAAAAAAGGUAGGCUAG